GCCUGCGCCCCUGGGGGGUGACGGCAGGGUAACCCACCUCUCAGAGCCUUUCCCUGCCCCAAGCGACAGGCUGUACUCUGUCCCUGUCCCUCUCUCCAGAGGAACCCCCACCUUCUGGGAACCUCUAGGGUUUCUCUGACCUCUGCAGUAGGCCAGCCUUCAGAGGGCAAGGAAGAGCUUCCUGGUGGGUGAAGGAAAGACAGAAAAAGGCCAGCCAUGUCGAACCUCAUGUACAAUAAAAUGUGGCACCAGACCCAAGAGGCCCUCAAUUCUCUGCUUGACAAGGAUUCUCAGAAGAUGACCGAACCACAAAGAAACAAGGUCUUAGUCUUCCAGAUGUUAGCUACCUUCUACAUAAAGUAUGUGCAGAUCUUCAGGAACAUGGAGAAUGUCUACGACCAGAUCGUUCAUCCACAGAAGCGCAUGCUGAUUCGCAAGGUCCUGGAUGGUGUGAUGGGUCGCAUUCUGGAAUUGAAGAACGAGAUGGUAGAGUUGGAGCUGACAGAGUUCCAUUAUUUUGACGAUAUCUUACAGGACCUGAAGUUGGCGCCGCAACAGUUGGAUGUCCCCAUACCCAGGUAUUUUUUGAAGGAGAGGUUAGAAGUCAUAAAAGGAAGAGAGGAAAACCUCGCUCAGAUCUUAAGUGAAUGUGGAUUGAACCUUCCCAAAACAAAAUAUACUGUAAAGAUCCUAGCAUUUGAAGAGGCUGUAAAACUGAUCCAGAUUGCGGAGCGAGCAAGGCAGGGCCGUCUCAGGGCGAUGUUCAUGAGGCAGAUCUUCCUCCAGGAGUGCAGAGCCAAGGAGAUCAAGCUGCUGGGCCACAGACUAGCUGACACGGGCCUGGCGGCUCUGCAGAUCCAAAAAGUUUGGCGAGGUUUCCAUCAAAUCAAGAAGACAGUGAAGGAGAGGGAAGAGGAGAUGGUAUUCCUGGGGAUGAAGCCACCCCCUCUCUUUAACGAAGUCAGUGCUGCCAUAGUCCAGUCCGAGCACGUGACCCACCUACGGAAUGAGGUGCAGCUGGAACAUGAGCAGAACUACCAGGAAGCCUUGGUCAGUAUCAAGGAGGAGCUGAGGCUGAUGGAAGGCCAGGACAUCAAGGAGCAGCUUCAAGACCAGAUCCGACAGUGGUUCAUUGAAUGCAGGAAUUUAACGGGUACAUUUCCAGACUACCCCAACGAAGAAGAAGGAGGCUCAGCUAUCAUCUUCUCGAACAAGACCCCAGAACAGGUUAUUGAGGAUAUUUUAGCCAGUCAAGAGGAAGAAGAAAAACUCAAAAAGAAAAAGAAAAAAGAGGAGAAGAAGGAGGGUAAGCCCAAAAAAGCCAAAAAAGAGGAGAGGAAAGGCAGCACGAAAGAAAGGGCUACAAAGGAAGAAGACGAGGAAUGGAAGAUGUCACCAAGCCUUUUCCUUCAACUGAUGGAGGAAGGAAAUAGCUUAUACAAAGACAUGUGGCUGAAUAAAGAUGAAUCUUGGAAUUUUCCUCAAGACUAUGACCCAGAAAUGAUCAAGGAGGAGAAACGGAAGGAACUAGAGUUGGAGAUAAGGGUUCAGGUUGACGAGCUGAUGAGACAAGAGCUGAAAAACCUCAAGCUGGCUGUGAACAGAGAGAAGGAGCUCCCGCCCCGGGGGAAGAAAGGGAAGAAGGGUAAAGGAAAAAAAGGCAAGAAGAAAGGGAAACGGGGAAAGAAGGACAAGGACCUAACAGCUGACAGGACCAUCAAUUCUCUGUACAAGGAACUGGUUGAAAAAGGCCUGCUGAUCCAGUCUCUGAAGGUCAACCUCUCCGAUUACAUCGGUGAGUACAGCUACCUGGGGACCACUCUGCGCCAGGUGGCUGUGGAGCCCAUGCCUUCUCUCCUGGAUGUCAAACAGCUCAUCACACUCUACGGGAUCCUGCCUUUGGGGUCCCCAGAAGUGCACGAGAAAGCCCCCUUGGUGAAGUCGCUGCUGUUGGCCGGGCCUUCAGGGGUGGGGAAGAAAAUGCUGGUCCACGCCAUCUGCACGGAAACGGGAGCUACCCUCUUCAACUUGUCCUCCUCCAACAUCGCCGGGAAGUACCCCGGCAAAACCGGCCUGCAGAUGAUGCUACACUUGGUUUUCAAGGUGGCUCGCCAGUUUCAGCCGUCUGUGGUGUGGAUCCAAGACGCGGAGAAAACCUUCUACAAAAGAGUCCCACAGGCUGAGAGGCAGAAUGAACCAAAACGCCUAAAAAAGCACCUCCCCAAACUCCUGAAGCUCCUGAAGCCGGAUGAUAGGAUCCUGAUAGUGGGGACCACACACCGCCCCUUUGACGCUGAGCUCCAGCCCUUCUGCAGGGUUUACCAAAAGAUUAUUUUGGUACCCCGUCCCGACUACGCUUCCAGAUACGUUCUGUGGAAGCAAAUCAUCCCGCGCAAUGGAGGUGUGCUCACCAAUGCCUUGAACAUCAGUUGCCUGUCUAAAGUCAGCGACGGCUUCACGCAGGGGCAGAUCGUCAAAGUGAUCAAAGAGGUCCUCACAGACCGCAGGAUCCGGCAGCAGCCACACAAGCCCCUCACGGCCGUCGAGUUCAUCACCAUGAUGACCAGCAUGAACCCUGUGUACAAGGAGGAAGAAGAGAGUUUUAAGAACUGGUAUGCCAAAACCCCUCUCGGGAAGAAGCGAAUCUUGUCACUAACAAUCGGCGGCAUCAAAGACAAGGAGAAGGAUAAAGGCAAGAAGAAAGGGAAAAAGGGGAAAAAGAAGAAGUAGUUUCUUCCUCAGGAGCCACCCUGAGCAUCUUUGAGAUGGUGACGGCCCCAGCUCAUCAGGGAGAGGCUCACCCCUGCCCACCCGGGGAUGCCCAAGGAAAAGCUAAGAUGCAAGCAACCAUUCCCAGCCACUGCCCGCUAACCACUGUGUUUGUUCAGCCACCCUUUAGGAGUCUGGACACUAAGGAAGAUGUCCUUUACAGCCAUUUCUACUGCUUGCCACUGUUCCUUAACCCCUGCGAAGUCUGUAUAAUUUGAGUUUGCUUUCCACGUGACCCGCACGCUCCCCAGCGCACACACCUGUCAGUAUUAGCUCCAAGAUUACAACAUGUUUCAGAGGUCUCUCCUGCGACGAGAGCACCAUCAUUGUGUUGUCAAUACUAGCUGUUUAUUAACCCAUAUGCACUGUAUA